CCCUAGCGAACGGCAAGCGAAGCGAGUGCUAGUUGAAGUAGUAGUCCAGGGAGGUCUCCAUCUCCGUCUCCGGCGCAACCGGAGGCCGGAGCGUGCGCGCGACUCGUCUUCGGUCUCCAGCACCAGGGGCAGGCGCCGCUUCCAUCUCCGGCGUUUGGCAUGGCCAAGCGAAGUCGCACGCCACGGCUGGAGCGGCGCACCAUCGAUUCCGCUUUCCAUGAGUUCAGGGUAGACCACGAGCAAACCAAGCACCUCGCCGCCGGCACGCUCGUCUCCUCCGACGCCUUCCCCGCCGGCGGGUACAUGUGGAGGGUAAAGUACUUCCCGCAAGGGUUCACGGAGGCGGAAAAGGGCUACGUCUCCAUCUUCUUCGAGCUGCUGAGCAAAGCAAACGUCCCAGCCAUCUGCCAGGCCUUCGUGACGGGCAAGGACGGCCAUCCACGCUACUGUGCGGACAUACCGGGUGUUCGGUGGUUCCCAGGGGCCGGCGGCAUGUCCGGCUGCUCUCGGUUCGUUUCCCAGCCUGAUCUGGAGGAGCAUUGCCUGACGGAGGGGCACGUCACUUUCGUCUGCGCCGUCAUGGUCACUCGUGGAAGCUCCAUCCCCGUGCCGGCUCCGGACAUCGGGAAGCAUCUCGGGGCCUUGCUGGAGACCUCGGACGGGGCGGAUGUCUCGUUCACCAUUGGCGACGAGACGUUCCGUGCCCACCGAGCAGUUCUCGCUGCCCGUUCUGCGGUCUUCAGAGCUGAGCUCCUCGGAUCCAUGGCCGAGGCUACCAUGCCGAACAUCACCCUCCACGACAUUGCCCCUGCCACAUUUAGGGUCAUGCUUCGGUUCGUGUACACCGAUGCCUUGCCUGCAGACAGCGAGCUUGGGGGCUCUCCCUCCGAGAUGAUGAAGGAUCUGCUAGCUGCUGCUGACCGGUACGCAUUGGACCGCCUGAAGAUUCUCUGCGCGCAGAAAUUGUGGGAAGCCGUGUCUGCUGAUACGGUUGCUUCUACCUUAGCCUUCGCUGAAACGUACAGCUGCCCGGAGUUGAAGAACAGGUGCAUUGGCUUCUUUGCGACGUGGGGAAACUUCAAGAAGGCCGUGUUGACGAAGGGUUUCGUUCAGUUGGUGCAGCAGUUCCCUUCAGUUGUUGAUGAGCUGCGGGAGAGGAUUGGGUCCUGAAUCUCCAUGCAUACAGUUCUGUCGUCCAAGCAUGGCUGGGCAUGGAGUUCAGACGCCAGAUGUUUUUAUGUAUU